AUGCCGAGACGGGACUUCAUCCGAGACCUACAGCAGGAAACUUCUUCAAGGGAGUAUGCUGGUAUUGUUAAUAUCAAGCCUGGAGAAGAUGACGGCUCCAUUUCGUGCAGCUUCAAACCUGAUGCAGAGCAGGCGAUGCCCAUUGAUAUUCAACUAUUAGUAUCUGAUCUCUCGGACUAUCCUAAUGAGCACAAAUAUCUUUUGUUUACAACAUCGGAUGACGUUCCCUAUGCCAUUUCGAGAUGCUUGGAAAAGGUUCAAACGCGUCUCGGGGGGUUACGGGUUGCGGAUGUGCUGUCGCGCCUGUCGGCUGCCCUCCGUAACGCCGGACCACUCGGUCUAGAAGAAUCUAGUAACGAGUCUGCCGAUGACGGAGAAAACAACUGUGAUAUGGAGGACGAUAUCGAGGAUUUUACUGGUGAUUGGUCUCCUAGCUCUGCAUUCCUCGCCGAAUCCAACAUGAAUUCCUCCAAUGAGGGGUUGAGAAAUGAUGGUAUUGAAAUUUUGAUACGCAAACUCGCAUCGGAGCUCCAGACAGCAAAACUAGCCGGCUUUAGGGUGGGAUACCUGGGUAAUGAGAUGAAUCCCAUAGUUUGUAUUUCUUGUCGCAUUGGGCGGCUGGGAAUAUCGGAGGAGGCUAUGCAAGCCUGGAGGGUAAAUGGGCAGCAAUACCUGCUUUGUCUGGUUCGCUACGUUGGAAGAUACAGGCCCCUCGACGAAAUAAUGGAAGGAGAUGCUACUCUCGGAAAAACGUCCGUGGAGAUACUUGUCGACUUGUGUGAUUCUUAUAAACCGACGUUGGACAGCGCGCUUGCUGCGCUUGCUGAACAUCAUAGGGGUUUUGAGACUACGACACUGGGCGAACUUCAAAACAAAGAUGUCAAGCCGAGACCCAGGAGUGUCAUUCGAUCUUUUAUCAGCAAGCCCUUGAAUUCCUUGAUGAACGAGCGUUUCGUGAAGAUUCUACGCUAUAGACUCUUAUAUGGCUUUUCAUGGGAUGGAGCUGAACGGUUUUUCAACGAUAUUCAAGGGAAGCCUCUCGGAAAUGUUCACCCUGGAGACCCAAGGUACUCGACAGACGAAGGGGAAGCCCUCUGUCGCGACCGCCUUAAUGCGAUUCGUAACAGGAGACCACAUCCUUGA